GCGGGAGGAACCUUGUAGUGUUUGGUCGCUUGUUUCUCACCGAGUUGUUUUUCCGAGCGGACGUGUUUCUGAGAGAUUGAGCAGAAAUGUGACAGAGCAUCAAUGUGGUUUAGCUUCAGUUUGCGAAAGCAGCUAGCACACAUGAUGUAAAUGUAAUUGGAUAGGGUAUUUUUUGGACAUAAAGUGAACAUUUUGUUCCGACUGUCAGAACAGCUUUUGGCCUUUUUUAAGCUCAUGUUAGGCUGCUCAGAGCGAUGCUAACCACUUUAUUGGACAUCAUCGUAAUGUUAGCGUGUGCGUGUUUGCAACAUUAACUUUAAAAAAAGCUACCUCAACAAAAAGUGAGACCUCCGUGUUUCUCCAUUCCAAAAACCUCAGACUGUGACCUAAAACUAUUCCCAGUGAUGCCUAAUACCAGUGCAAGACCGAAGCAUGGCAGGAGGCCCCGAAGGCGGCGCAGAGAGGAUCCAGCCAGGAACGAACUGGUGUCUAGUUCAUUAGAAAGUGCCCAGCAGUGCCUGUUAAACCAAGAUUAUGGAACUGCAUUCGUGCACUACCUUCUGGUCCUCAACCUUGCACCUGCGUUUAAAGAGUUUGCGAAGGACUCCUUCAGGUUCACUCUCUUCAAAUGGGCAGAAGAGCUGGACUCUGUGGGCCGCAUUCAGGACCUCUUUGACUGUUACGAACAAGCGCUGGAACUCUUCCCCGAUGAUGAAGUCGUCCUUAACAGCAUGGGCGAACACCUGUUCAAAAUGGGAUUUAGAGAUGAAGCUGCAGGUCAUUUCCACAAAGCCUUGAAAAUGAGACCAGAUUUUCCAGAAGCCAGAGAGAACUUCUACCGUGUGGCCAACUGGCUGGUGGAGCGCUGGCAUUUCUUAAUGCUCAACGACCAUGGGAGGAACCAGAAGUACCAGCAAGCUAUCCAGAAGGCUGUUCAGAGCGGCUGCAACACUGUACUUGACAUAGGUACUGGCACUGGGAUCCUUGGCAUGUGUGCUAAGAAGGCAGGAGCUGCUGAGGUGUACGCCUGUGAGCUGUCCAAGACGAUGUACGAACUGGCCUGUGAGGUGUUGACUGCGAACGAUAUGGACGGUAGGAUCAAGAUCCUCCACAUGAAAUCUCUGGAUAUGGAGGUGCCAAAGGACAUCCCACAGAGGGUGUCACUGGUGGUGACAGAGACCGUAGAUGCAGGAUUGUUUGGAGAGGGCAUCCUAGAGAGUCUCAUUCACGCCUGGCACCACCUACUGCUGCCUCCACCGGGGGCACAAGCACAGAGUGGGGAGAAUGAACUCAAGGAACCGUCUGCAACAGGUCGGGUCAUCCCUGCUGGAGCUACUGUGUUUGGUAUGGCUGUCGAGUGCUCCGAGAUUCGCCGGCAUCACAGGCUUUGUGUGUCAGAGGUGGGCGGUCUGUCCCUGGCUGCAGCCGGGGAGCUCCGUAGUCCAGUGAGCUGCACCUCUUUGCCGGAUGACUCCAUGGAGCCUUACACUACAGAGAGACUUAGCAGACUGCCAGGAGGAUAUAAAUCCCUGACAGAGCCGUUCACAGCCCUCAACAUAGAUUUCAACAAUGUGCAGGAACUGGAGGGACUGACCUCCAGGAAGGUUGAGCAGAUCCGCCUGCUCGUCACUCAGGAGGGGAAGCUGGAUGCUCUGGCUGUGUGGUUCCAGCUCCACCUGGACGAGGAGAGCAGUCUGUCCACUGGACCCCAGGAGGACACCUGCUGGGAGCAAGCCAUCUACCCUGACCACAGCAUCAAGGGUUUUGUCCUGAAACCUGGAGACGAGCUAAUUGUUGAAGUCUCCUGCCAAGAUGCCUUUCUGAGACUCUGCAGUGUUGCCGUGGUGAGAGAUGGGCACGAAAUCCGUCUAGACAAGCGUCUGGAUCAGCAGCACUCUGGGAAUCCCAUUUCAAACCCAAACCCAGAGGCAGAGUUGUGCAGUGCAUUAGCAUGUCUACAGACGGACCAAAAUCAAACCAAAGACUUCUGCGUGCUGGAAAGUUCAGAAAUAGCGCUCCUGAACAAUCACGACUACCAUCAGAGUUUUAGCAGCGCGUUAGCCAAACUCAUCAACCAGCUGAAGGUGGCAUGCCAAAACCAAGAGCCAGGAUUAGGUGUUGAGUCUGACCUCACUGGAAAGCCCCUGUUCUAUGUGCUGGAUGUGUCCGAGGGCUUCUCUCUGCUCUCCAUCAUCGCUGCCAACCAGGGUCAUGUAAAAGCCUACAGCUCCAUGGAAAAGAACAAGCAACAGGAAGUGCUGAAGAAACUGGCUCGCUCCUGUAAUAUCCCAGAAGAACAUCUAGAGUUCUGGCUCAACCACAUGGAGGACGAGCACGGGAUGCUGCAGAGGCCCUCCAGGGAAAAGCUGUGGAGCGCCAUCAUCCUGGACUGUGUGGAGACGUGUGGUCUAAUAAGACAAAAGCUGAUGGAGAAAGCUUCACUGGCCAGGUGUCUGCUGGAGGAAGGAGGACGCAUCUUUCCAGAGAAGAUUGUGGUGCAUGGGAUGUUGGUGGAGUCGGACACGCUGCUGUUGGAAAGUGCCGUUCAGGGUCAGGAGCCAACACUAGGAUUCAAUAUUGCUCCCUUCAUCAACCAGUUCACUGUACCAGUUCAUGUGUUUUUGGACUUCUCCACCCUGGAGUGCCGACGUCUCAGUGAUUCUGUGGAGCUCUUUGUUCUUGACCUUAUGAAUGCCAACGCAAACUACACCGACAGAGAAAUCAAGGUCCAGGCUACGUCUGCAGGCAGAUUAACUGCUAUUCCCUUUUGGUACCAAAUCCACCUGGACCAAGACAUCAGUGUCAGCACCCUCAGCCAGAACUCACACUGGAGGCAGGCAGCAGUUGUGCUGCAGCAGCCCCUGGAGGUCCGAGUCGGAGACUGGGUCCGCCUCACAGUGAAGCUUCACAAGAGCACCAUCUCCAUGACGGCCCAUAUAGAGGAAGUCCCUGGUCAAAUGGAGUAAUGAUCUCUUACCAUGUAGUUUUGCAAAUAGUUAGAUUUUUAUACAAGUCAUGCUUAAAUGAAUUUGAGUGGAUGCAUUGCAUUCUUCGAAUUCCUUUUCAGUUAUAAUUUAGUUUGCCAUUCUCCACACUGUCAUUUCUCAUAAAUGUAUUGCUUAUCUUCACAUCUGCAAGUUUUUCCAGACCUAAAUGAUCUCUGUAUUGAGAUUAUGUAGAAACCUGCAUGACCCGAGCCCUAGCUUGUGACAGUGGGAUGCUGGUUCAUCACAAGAAUGUGCUACAAUGAACCUCCAAGUUAUGUUUUCAUUUGUAAAAUGUGCCAUGAGACAUUUAUAACAUGUACUUAUAUUGCUUGUAAGUAUAUCAUAAAUAUUAUAAUUGUCCCUUCAUUAUACCAGAUUGGUUAGUAACAUAAAAACUGCAUUAAAUAAAUUACAUUUUCUUAAUAAAUGCAAGAAAAAAAGAAAUCUGCUGUAGUUAAAUCUGUUUUAUUGAAGAAACUGUAAGAGAUGGAGUUGAAUUAAAACGUGGAACAUUUCCAUUCUGAUGUGAUGCUGUCAGUUUUAUUUAAAAAAAAAUAAAAUCAUGUAAGGCAAUGCAACAUGCUUUGGCUGCACAUGAUGCUGUAGGUAUGAUCUAUUUAUGUAUUAACUGACACAUCAAACUGAUUUCCUACGUUGUACAUUAAACAUGUCAAUAUCGCUGCACAAAUCCAUAGAAUGAAAAAUAAACUUGGAAAAGCUACAGGAAAGAAUAAAUGGCUUAGGUGUGGCAGCAGCAAAGUUAUUCCAGCAUAAAGGAUAAAAAGGAUGGAGGACAUCUCAAAUAAAACUGAUCCUGGAAUACAAAUGCUGAGGUGAAGAAGUGGAUGGACUUAGUUCCACGGCACAUAGAACAAGGCAUCUCAGAGGACUAGCGAAU